GAUGACGUGUGAAUGAACCCCGCCCCAUAGACAGGUGAGAGGGCGGGGCUUAAGGCGAAAGAUCAACGUGAAACUAAUCGAUAAGCAAAACAAGAAGAAUCAUUAAAUCUAGUCGAGUAGUCAGUAGUCUUGUAUGUGUGGGGGCGAUGCCGGAGCGACACUGUAAGACGAGGAACCAGAACUAUCCUGAGUCUGAAAGGAGAGACCGGGACAGAGAAUACAGCAGAGACCGGAACAAAGAGUACAGGAGAGACCGGGACAGAGAGUACAGGAGAGACAGAGGAACUGAGUCAUACAUGGAGGACAGGAGCACAGAUUAUGGUUACGAAGAUAGAACAAGGAACUACAGAGAACAGGAAGUAUUCACACCUUAUGAGUCAGCAAAGGAAGAACCUGUUUACAACUUAAAGUAUAUUCCCACAUCCAGAGGCCUUUGCCAGGCAGCGCAGUUUGUUGUGAACUUGCUGAUCGUGAUUUGCGCGGGCGUUCCGUACAGCAACAAGGGUCGCUAUCAGGACAUAGCUAACCUGGGUGGACUUUACUACUACUACUACGGCGGGGCUCAGGCGUUCACGCCGCAGGAAGUGACGAAAGUAAACGAGCUCGACGACCUUUUCUACAAUCUCAAGCUCCCUCCGUAUAUCUACAGCAUGGCAUGUGGUGGAGCGCUGAUGGUUUACGCGUUAAUCAUGCUAGCGCUCGGGGUGUUCCGCGUAACCUACCACUUCCCCGUCGUCCUGCUGCCCGAGGCCGUCCUGGACGCACUGAUAAGCCUGGGGUAUAUCCCUGCAGUGGCGUUUUACUUCAUCAAAGUCAAGGAGACGUACAGCAACCCCAUCUGCAAGCAGAGAGAGGAGAUGUACAUGACCAAAGGCUACAAGGGUUACGAGUGCGGCCUGAGCGGGACGGACGUCGCAGUAGGGUUCUUCGGCGUUGCGGGCGCCAUCGUGUUCAUGCUGAGCGCCGUGUUCGCCGUGAGAGCGUUCAGAGCUGUCAGACGGAUGAAGCAGCAGAGGGAGGCAGAGAAUAACGGCUUCUAGACAUCUAAUGCUGGAGGAAGUGCAGGAGAUCACCGGAUCAUGUUACCUGGGAACGUCUGUUACUCUAUUAUCUAUGCAGGACUUUAUUAAUGUAAUGUGAAGGUCAAUUUCUGACCCCCAAAAAUGGACAUGACUACACUAUCAGUUUGUUAAAGGGAUUUUUACUCCACUACACUUUUUAUGUUUUCUUAUUCAAUAAAUGUUAUCGUGAAUUCUUUCUCAGUGUUGUAUUUACUCUCUACUAAAUCUUACUUGCUAU